GUUCGUCGUUAAACUUGCUUAGGGAGCUGAAGGCAUCUCCCUGCCCCUAUGCAACCUUGCAUGACUGUCCAGGGUUUGGUGGGCGUAACUUACGCUGUUCGUAAAUUAUUAUCAUACGAUAGCAUAUGGCUUCGAUUACCUAGGUAAUUCGCAAUGAUGAGUGGUGAUUGUAGACGCAUAUGUGUUGGAAUGAGUUUGGUAUGGCCUGGAAUAUGGGUUGGAAGUGUUCGCAGUGUCACUCCUGAAUUACUAAAAGCAAAUAGAAUAUCAGUGUUGGUCUGGGUAACCCCAGAGGUUUCUCCUCCAUCACUACCAGGAACAGUUCAGUUGAUACAUAUCCCACUGAAGGAUGACCAUGAUACAGAUUUGACUCCAUUCUUCCCUGUUGUAACAACUGCAUUUAAAAACUGCCAAGGGGGAGGAAUGAUGUUUGUGUGCUUAGCAGGAGUGAGUAGAUCAGCUACUCUGGCCCUCGCAGCUUUGGUAGGCAAUACGGAUUUGCCCCAAAUGACCUUGAAAUAUGCAUACAAAACAGUGAAAGCAGCAAGGCCUUUCAUUCACCCUAAUACAGGAUUUUUUUCGCAACUUGUGAGAUAUGAAAAAGAUGUCCGAGGCACCUCCACUGUGUCGAUGGUACAGUAUCCCCCUUAUUCCGGGGACAUGAUACCAGAUGUUUACCUCCAGGAAAUAAACCAGUCAGUUGCUGCUCCUUUCCAUGCAUUUGUUCCCAUAUGACUAGUGAUUGGAAUGCUGAGCAUUGUGGCAAUAUCACUAUUCAUACCAAAUUUUACUCUACACCUUGUGGAUUUUCUGGCUCUCUGAAAUGUCUCAAGCGCUUUUGCAUUCAGCAUUUCUGUAGCGAGUAGUUUUACCAAGGUAGGAUUGUAAUAUGUGACUGCAUGUACAUACAAGAGAUAUAGCUUUUAGAGUGAUUACAUGUAUAAGAGACACUGUAUAGCUUGAAGCUUUCAGAUUACAGAAGUACAGUACGUAGUGAGAGAGUAAAAACAAUAAUGUACAGCAUUGUAUUCCUAUGUUUCUUAGUCUCUGAGGGAGAGUGGUAAUUUUUUCAUGUAGCUAAACUUCCUUUCCAAAUGUUAUGUUUUCAUUUUCAAAAUUUAUAUUUUUUUUAAUCUUUACAGGAAAUGCUGUCAUUAAUGUUAUGUAUGCAUACAAUCUGCUAAUACUAGUACUUGCAUUUCACCUUUGUAUAAAACUUAGAAUUUUGUUUAAGAAACUAAAAUACUAGUUUUAUUAGAGUGGAAAAGACUAAGAUUUAAACUCCAUGAAGGUUUUAAGAAAAUUAAGCAGGAUGUACAUUUUUUAAUUAUUAUUUAAUACAAUAAAUUUCACAGCUGUGACUGUGAAUCCAACAAUUUCUUUGAUUAGCGUACUGAACUGUUAAUAUAUUCAUAAUUUCUAUCACUGAUGUCUGAAAGUAAGUGGAGCUUCAAUUGCAAAGACUUAUGUUUCAUUUUCUGACAGACAAGAUUUGUAAUGGAAAGCUGUAUACUGUUUGUACAUAUAUAAUCAUAUUUUUCAA